CGUCUAUCUGGUUCAAAUUGUCCAACACAUAAAUCUGCACUUAUGUGAGGUAAUGUUUUCUUCUUUUUUUCAUCUGAAUUUGGUAUGUUCCCAUUGAGAAACUUCCAUUUUGCUUCUUGACAUGGUCACAUUCACUCAUCUUUCUUCCCAAGUUUCGCUUCCUUUCAAUCAAUCAUUCAAUACUCUUUACUCACACCCUUCCACCAUUCAUCACAAAUUCAGAAUCAUUGAUCCUCUCUAACAUCAUCAUCAACACACCAAGAUAAACAUUGCACCUCAACUUGCACCAAAAGCCAGUUCACAAAAUCAAUAAACUAUGGUCAACUAUCCCCAAAAAUACAAAAUCCAAACCCCACUUUCCUACUCAUAACACUUUAAUAAUUAACCAGGUUGUUGAUAGAGUAGCCGCCAAUAAUGAAAACACACCAAUUCUAAGGAACAAGUGCAUUCACCUCAUGCUCUCCAAAACCCAUAUAUACAUCACACCAUUCAAGCAUUCAUCAUCACCACAACACAACCAAACACCACUUCCAACAUCUUCAGAAGCAGCAAUGGUCAAGCAACACAAAACUCAUUUCAUUUUCCCUGAGACACAAUCCACUGUUCUUCCUGAUCCCUCUCAAUUCUUCUCCUCAACCCUUCUCUCAAAACCACUCCCCACAAACUCUUUCUUCCAAAACUUUGUGCUAAAAAAUGGUGACCAACCUGAAUACAUUCACCCUUACCUCAUCAAAUCCUCUGGCUCUUCCCUCUCUCUCUCAUACCCUUCUCGCCAAGUCACUUCUGCUGUCAUAUACCAAGUCUUCAAUGCUGAUCUAACCAUCUCAUCCAAGCAAGGUUCAACUGGGAAACACCUUAUCUCCUCUUACAGUGAUCUCAGUGUCACUUUGGAUAUCCCUUCUUCCAAUCUUAGCUUCCUCCUUGUUAGGGGAAGCCCCUUUUUGACUGUUUCUGUCACCCAACCAACCCCUCUUUCCAUCACCACCAUCCACGCCAUUCUUUCAUUCUCUUCAAACAAUACUCGCACCAAGUACACCUUUCAGUUCAACAAUGGUCAAACAUGGAUCCUUUAUGCUUCCUCUCCCAUCAGUUUGAGCCACACUCUUUCUGAAAUCACUUCUGAUGCAUUUUCUGGCAUAGUCCGAAUAGCCUUGCUGCCUGAUUCUGAUUCAAAACACGAGGCGGUUCUUGACAAGUUCAGUUCUUGUUACCCCGUGUCAGGUGAAGCUAUAUUCAGAGAACCCUUUUGUGUGGAGUAUAAGUGGGAGAAGAAAGGGUCAGGGGAUUUGCUACUCUUGGCUCACCCUCUCCAUGUUCAGCUUCUGUCUAAUGCAGACAAUGAUGUCACUGUUCUUGAAGAUUUUAAGUAUGGAAGCAUUGAUGGGGAUGUUGUUGGUGUUGUCGGGAAUUCAUGGGUGUUGCAAACAGAUCCCGUGUUUGUAACAUGGCAAUCAACCAAUGGAGUCAAAGAAGAAUCCCGUGAUGAAGUUGUUUCAGCCCUUUCUAAUGAUGUUGACGGCCUAAAUUCGUCAUCAAUAACAGAAACCAGGUCCUAUUUUUAUGGGAAGUUGGUUGCAAGGGCUGCAAGGUUGGCACUGAUUGCUGAGGAGUUGCGCUACCCUGAUGUGAUUCCAAAGGUUAUAAAGUUUUUGAAGGAAACCAUUGAGCCAUGGUUGGAGGGAACUUUCAAAGGGAAUGGAUUUCUGCAUGAUAAGAAAUGGGGUGGCAUUAUUACACAACAAGGGUCCAAUGAUGGGGGUGGUGAUUUUGGAUUUGGUAUAUACAAUGAUCAUCACUACCAUUUGGGGUACUUCCUUUAUGGAAUUGCAGUACUCACUAAGUUUGAUCAAGCCUGGGGUAGAAAGUACAAGCCUGAAGCCUAUUCCCUUGUGCAAGACUUCAUGAACUUGGACACAAAACUAAACUCCAAUUACACACGUUUGAGGUGUUUUGACCCUUAUGUUCUUCACUCUUGGGCUGGGGGGUUAACUGAGUUCACAGAUGGGAGGAACCAAGAGAGCACAAGUGAGGCUGUGUGUGCAUAUUACUCUGCAGCUUUGAUGGGUCUGGCAUAUGGUGAUGCUCAUCUUGUUUCCCUUGGAUCAACACUGACAGCAUUGGAAAUUCUGGGGACUAAAAUGUGGUGGCAUGUGGAAGAGAAAGGGACUUUGUAUGAGGAAGAGUUCACGCAAGAGAACAGGAUCAUGGGAGUUCUGUGGUCUAACAAGAGGGACACUGGACUAUGGUUUGCUCCUGCAGAGUGGAAAGAGUGUAGGCUUGGCAUUCAGCUCUUGCCAUUGGUGCCUAUUUCUGAAGCCAUUUUCUCCAAUGCUGAGUUUGUGAAGCAGCUUGUGGAGUGGACUUUACCUGCUUUGAAUAGGGAUGGUGUUGGUGAAGGAUGGAAGGGAUUUGUGUAUGCCCUUGAAGGGAUUUAUGACAAUGAAAGUGCAUUGCAGAAGAUAAGAAACCUUACAGGUUUUGAUGGUGGAAACUCUUUGACUAAUCUCUUGUGGUGGAUUCACAGCAGAGGAUGAAUAAGAAGGAUCAACAUGAACAUGAACAUGAACAUUGAACAUUGAACAUGAAACACUGCUGGUUUAGCUAUUGUUAUCAUUACUACUAUUAAGUUUUAAAAUACCAAUAAGUCGAUGAUUUCUAUGUCAUGAAAAAGAAACAUAUAAUGAAGUUACAACAAUAUCAUACUUUAUCACAGCAGGUCGGCUUCUUACAAGUCAUUACUAUAUGAAUGAUAAUAUAUUUAAUUAUCAGUGUUGCUUUCAUUUUGGUUCAACAAUUCAUUGUGGUUGACAAUAAAGGGAUGAAUUAAAAUUUAAAUUAUAUUAUUGAA